AUGAGCUCGAAGAGUCGUUACGAUUUGAGAAACGCGAUCGUGGUCAGAGAAGGAGAACCUGCUAGACCUCAAGCUCCAGGAUAUGAAGAUCAGCAAAAUAAUCCCAAUGCGUUGCCGGUUACCAGCCCAAUAAGAGAUCGCGUUAAGUCAAAAAAACCAUCAUCGCGACCGGAUGGAAAAAGACCAAGACGCAUUAAACCGUCGCCGAUUAAAAAAAGACAAAAUCGCGUUCAGAGAGAAAUUCGAAAAUACCAAAGUUCGACGGAUCUGCUUAUCAGAAAAUUACCUUUUCAAAGGCUGGUUCGAGAAAUCAGUCAAGACUUUCUAGCAGCUCCUCGAUUCCAAUCGCAAGCGAUCAUAGCUUUACAAACAGCCGCCGAGCAAUACCUAACAGAAUUAUUCGAAGCAGCUAAUUUAUUCGCAAUACAUGCGAAACGAGUAACAAUCAGACCAAAUGAUAUUCAAGCAGUCAGAACGAUAAGAGGAGAGUAA